AUGGCCAGUAUAUCCGAUAUCCACUCUGAUGAGAUUGGGUCUGGGACCGACUCAAAGCCUAAUCUCGUUAACCGGCUCCAUGAAAGCCGAUCGCCAUACGUUAGGGGACACAUGCACAAUCCGGUCGCAUGGCAGCUCUGGGAUUCUGAAGCAAUUGACCUGGCAAAGAGAUAUAACCGACUUAUCUUUCUCAGCAUUGGCUACUCUGCGUGUCACUGGUGCCAUGUGAUGGAGAAGGAGUCCUUUAUGUCCCCAGAGGUCGCUGCGAUACUCAACGAGUCAUUUAUUCCAAUCAAGGUUGACAGGGAAGAGAGGCCUGACAUUGACGAUGUAUACAUGAAUUACGUCCAAGCCACUACAGGAUCUGGGGGUUGGCCGCUGAAUGUGUUCCUGACCCCAAACCUAGAGCCUGUCUUUGGUGGCACGUACUGGCCGGGUCCGAAUUCCAGCUCGCAUCGUCGCCUGGGGGCUGACGGUCCUAUUGGGUUCCUCGACAUCCUGGAGAAGCUGAGAGACGUCUGGCGAACGCAACAGGCAAGAUGCCUGGACAGUGCCAAGGAGAUCACGAAGCAACUCAGAGAGUUUGCGGAGGAAGGGACGCACGCCCAACAGGGGGAACGAGAGGUUGACGAAGACCUGGAAGUUGAGCUUCUGGAGGAAGCUUAUAAGCAUUUUGUCUCCCGAUACGAUACGGUUAAUGGGGGAUUCGGGCGCGCUCCAAAGUUCCCUACGCCUGCGAAUCUCAGUUUUCUGCUUCGCCUGGGCAUGUACCCCAGUGCCGUGUCGGAUAUUGUCGGGCAGGACGAGUGUGCGAAGGCAACGGCAAUGGCAGUCAAUACUCUCAUUAAGAUUGCUCGUGGAGGAAUUCGUGAUCAUAUCGGAAACGGCUUCGCAAGAUAUAGUGUCACAGCUGACUGGGGUCUGCCUCACUUUGAGAAGAUGCUCUAUGACCAGGCACAGCUUUUGGACGUCUAUGUGGACGCGUUUCGGUUAACACACGAGCCCGAGCUUUUGGGAGCCGUGUACGAUAUUGUUAAUUAUCUGACUAGCUCACCGAUUCAGUCUCCGACAGGUGGCUUCCAUUCUUCUGAGGAUGCCGACAGUCUGCCCACUCCGAAUGACACUGAGAAGCGUGAAGGUGCGUUCUAUGUAUGGACCAUGAAGGAGUUCCAGCAGGUACUUGGACAGCGCGACGCAGGGGUUUGCGCUCGCCACUGGGGUGUACUGCCGGACGGCAACGUCGCUCCGGAGAACGACCCUCACGACGAGUUCAUGAAUCAGAAUGCCCUCUCUAUCAAGGUUACACCGAGUAAACUUGCCAAAGAAUUUGGACUGAGCGAAGAGGAAGUGAUCAAGAUCAUCAAGAACGGAAAACAAAAGCUGCGAGAAUACCGCGAUAGGACCCGGGUGCGGCCAGAUCUGGAUGACAAGAUCAUCGUGGCAUGGAACGGCCUGGCGAUCGGUGCUCUUGCGAAAAGCAGCAUUUUGCUAGAGGACAUUGACGAGGCCAAGGCUGCACAGUGCAGGGAGGCUGCGGCAAAAGCGGUCGAUUUCAUCAAGAAAAACCUCUUUGAGCCGUCGACCGGUCAGCUUUGGCGCAUCUAUCGUGACGGCAGCCGCGGAAACACUCCUGGAUUUGCCGAUGAUUAUGCGUAUCUGACGAGCGGGCUCCUCAACCUUUACGAGGCUACAUUUGACGAUAGCUAUUUGCAGUUUGCAGAACAGCUUCAACAACAUCUCAACACCCACUUCAUUGCCCCUGGACGGAAUUCGACCACGACUGCCGGCUACUAUACCACAUCGUCGACUCCAAUCGAUGGUGUACCGGGACCCCUGUUGCGCUUGAAAGGAGGAACAGACUCCGCCACGCCGUCCGUGAAUGGGACGAUUGCGCGCAACCUCUUGCGUCUAGCGGCGCUCCUGGAGGAUGACAAGUACCGGACGCUUGCGCGACAGACCUGCAACGCCUUUUCCGUCGAAAUCAUGCAGCAUCCCUUCCUGUUCGUGGGGCUCUUGGACGCCAUUGUCGGGCUCGAGAUUGGUAUCCGGAACAUCACGGGCGUGCUCUGCACGAGUGACACGUCUGAGUCGACAGUGCCACUCGCGGAGGGAGUGGUUGGCAAGGCGGAUGAGAAACUCUCUGGGAAGGACCUUGUCAUCAAGAAGGUUCGGGCUGAAGCGGGUCUCGCAGCCUCCACUUCGACCGCGACAGUGGCGCUGGUCGAUGUGCGGCCAUCAACGUCGGGCGCAGACGUCCAGAACAAGUCAGAAUGGCUGAAGUCCCGAAAUCCACUCUUCAAAGACCUCAAGCCGGGAACACCGCCGAAGAAUUUCCUGCUCAUUUGCGAGGUGGGAAGUUGCCGGACGGUGGACCUGUAG